GGUACUAGUGCUGAGGCAGAGAAAAUCCUAAAUCCUAAACCUGACAUGCUUGCUCCUAGCCCUGGAGUGUCUUUGAGAUUCUUAGGGGUAUUAGGAGCUAAAGCCGUCUCCUCGCUACCGUCAAAAUGCUGGCUGCUUAAGGUCUGCAAGACUUUUGUCUUGCAGGUCUCUAUAGAGGUUCACGGUGAGUCAUCCGCCCCUCUUGCAAAGGUUGCAUCUUUGCAGCGGCCACUGUGGCCCUAGUAAUGCAGUCAUUCUCAAUGGGACCAAUGACUCCAGUGCUCAGAGACCUUCCAGAAUGACUUGGGGUGUUGCGGGUCGAGUCCUGGAGUCUUUCCUUUGUCUAGGACCUUUGCUGCUGCACAUGUGUUAACUAGUAAUCUGUGUUUACGUUCAGUAGGAAAAUCUCAAUAGAACUGACAGUAAGCUUCGCAACUGGCUUUCUCUUCCUUUGAAAUGUGUUUGGAAAUUGAUUUUAUCUUUGCGCCCCAGCAUCUCUGAUUCAAGGGAGCUCAUUUGUGACAGCGGGAAGGACUUUGAGAAGAUGCCAAGCAUUCCUUAGAUCCAUGUUACCUGCUGUCAGUCAGUGCCUGAAAUUUAUGAAUGUGUUUAGUCCCUGUCUCCCCUCCACCAGAGUGUAAGCUACUGGAGGUCAGGAAACUUAUUUCAGUCACCACUGUUACCCCAGUGCUACCAGAACAAAAACACUGCCAGUCAUGGAAUAGACGCUCAAUGAAUAUUGGUUUAAUUGAAUAACAGACUAGAAGCAAUGUGGCAAUAAGCAACACAACCAGCAACAAUAUCUUGGUAUCUCCUGAAUUAUCUGUUGCCCCAAAGAUCAAGAAAUGGAGAUGAUCUCUCAUCUCCAGGGUCUGGACUUUAUCUCCAGUCAUUGCUCUCUCCUCUGUGUCAGUCUGCAUGUCAGAGAAACGCACGCUUCCUAAUGAAUGUCCAACCUGGCUUGUCAUCCUUUCUCUGCCACUACCCAGCUGUGACCUUAGAUAUGGCUUUGACUUUCUGUGGGCCUAUUCCAGCUCUACAAUGUUCUCAUUCUAUAACCUGGCAAAGCCAGCACCUGCCGGCUCUUUGUGUGAAGCAAGAACAUCUUUCUAGAAGGAAGUAGAACAAGCACCUGCUUAUGAAAAUUACUUUUUAUAAGGAAGUCUGUUUUUGCUCAGUGCAGUUGAUUCCAUAUCUGGAAGGCUCAUAAAUAACAUCAUUCUCUUUGAAUUGUUAACUUUAAACUGUUUAUAAAAACACAGGUAUCACUACUGCUUACCAUUUGUUUGAGGUUGUGUGUUUUUCAUAUGAUUUCAUAUCUGUAAUCAUCUCUCACACACAAAACCAGAUAUGAUGUGCAGAAAAUUGAGACUAAAACAUGACUGACAUAGCUUCAUUCUCUUGGAAAUAGUGAGAUUAUCAUGGGCUAUGGACUCAGAACUAAAAUUGGCACUAGUGAAAGAAAAGAUCUAGUAAAAGAAAGUCAAUCAAAAGCAACAUGAUUGAAGAUGUUCAUUGCUGUAUAUUUUAUAAUAGUGAAAAACUGAAAAGUUUCAUCAAUAGGAGUCUGGCUAAGAACUUAUGAUACAUUUGUACCAUAAAAAGUGGUAAAAUAGUUAAGGUAAAGAAUAUACACCCUCAAUGGGACUUCCCUGGUGGCGCAGUGGUUAAGAAUCUGCCUGCAGUGCAGGGGACAUGGGUUCGAACCCUGGUCCGGGAAGAUCCCACAUGCCGCAGAGCAACUAAGCCUGUGCGCCACAACUACUGAGCCUGUGCUCUAGAGCCCGUGAGCCACAACUACUGAGCCUGCACUCUAGAGCUCACGAGCCACAACUACUGAGCCCGUGUGCUGCAACUACUGAAGCCUGCAUGCCUAGAGCCCGUGCUCCACAACAAGAGAAGCCACCUCCCGCGCACCGCAACGAAGAGUAGCCUCCGCUUGCUACAAAUAGAGAAAGCCCUCACGCAGCAAUGAAGACCCAACACAGCCAUAAAUAAUUUAAAAAAAGAAUAUAUACCCUCAAGACAUGUUGAUGAGAGAAAAAGAAGGUAUGUUUAGAGUGCGUUUAGUAUGAUCUCGUGUGUAUAUAAAAAAGAAAAUAAGACAUAUCUUCUGAUCUGACAUAUGUAUGUUAAUUCAUAGAAAAAGGUCUGGAUGGAAUAAAAUGGUUGACGAUGUUAUUUCUGGGAAAGAAGUAGGAUUGGUGGGGGCUUGGUGCAGUGACACUGCUUCACUUUUUACUCCAGGCUUCUGUGUUUUUGGCAUUUUAUAAAGCCAUAGUCACGAGUGGGGUUUUUGGUAAUUAUAACACUCGAAAUUACUGGAGAGGAAAAGAUGUGCGACAAAGAGAAACUGGGGCACAAAGUGAGAUUUGAGGUCGGGAGAAGGAAGAUGAAACGCUUCAGGUAGUGAGUGCUGGCCGUUCUCACCAAAUCCUGUGAUAUUUUGUGACUGGUGAGUUGGAGCUUGUGCCGUGUUCUGAGGAUGAUAGAUAUACAUAGAUGUCCUACAUCACUCCAAAAACUAUGACCUGCAAUGGAGGACCCACAAAUCAAGAAAACCCAGUUUCCACAUUACCUUCUUUUGGUCUCUUUGUAAGCAUUGGGUGAGAAAAAUUUUGUAUCUUUAGGAAACAUUGAUUCACUUCCAUCCCUGGAUGAGUAAGUCUGGUACCAUAAUAGAGCAGUUGUAUCGACCACAGACGUCUUUCCUCUACCCGUGACUUUAUUUCCACUUUGUUGGAUUUAUUCAUUCAGUCUGUAACUUUUAUUGAGCCCCCAUCUGCCACUCUUAGACAAGGCCCCUGCUCUCCCGGAGCUUCUAGUCAGGGGGCUGGACAGAGAUGACAGGAAGUAUCAGGAAGUGAGAACUACUGUGAUGAAAAUUAAGCAAAGUGAUGUGAGAAGGCAUAACCAGGAAACUACGUUAAGAGAGGUAGUUAGGAAAGACUCCUUUGAGGAAGUCAUUCAUAAACCCAGGCACGCAUAAGAAAGGAAGGAGCCAGAUGUGUGAUCAUUUGAGGGAAGAGUGGUCCAAGCAGAGAGAUUACAACGGAGCCCAGAGAGUGGGCAAGAGCGUGUGGGACUCAAGGUUUGCUGCGUGGUUGGGACUUCCGGAGGUUGGACAGGCGAGAGAGGUCUGCAGGACAGGAUCAUGUCAUGACUGGAGGACAAGGUAAGCUCCCCAAGCCCUCUAGCUGACCAGGUGGUGAGUUCAAGGUCCUAAUCCAACAGCACAAGGGAAUUCACACCAGCCCUGAGCCUCGAAGAUGGUGUCACAGUCUGCGGGCCGGCAGGACUCUCCUGUGGACCCCUGCGAAGGAAUCAGCAAUGACCCUGGCGACAUUGAUGGUUCGCCCAGCCUCCUGGACACGGACCACCUCUCUUGCGCAUCAGACAUCAGGUUUAUGAGGCACAGAGCUGCCUGGAUUAACCCCCAGUGUGUGCAGCAACAGCUGCAGGACUCGCCCCCCCAGGUGCCAGCAGUGGGGAACAGAGAGAGCCGUGUUGCCUGGGAUGCUGCCUCUCCCUUGGGCCCUUCACCGUUAUCUCUUGGGGACUCCGUGGUGGAGACAUCAUUGUCGAAGGGCACUGUGGACUCCAUGGGCAGCUCCUCUGCCCGGGGCUCAGCUGAAAAAGGCAGUGGCUUCUCUCUUACUUCAAAGGAAGAACGGGCAGUGCUCCCAGGACGCUGUCCUUGGACGCCUCUGUUCACAAGCUCCAAGAUCGACUUGGCUGCCUCCCCGUGUCGUGAGGCUGACGAUACUUUUUUCAAGCCUUCCCAGCUGACAGCUUCCACUGAUGCAGGUGCUAUUCAAGUCGGUGGAAGAACCGUUUCUUCAAAUUCCUUCUCACCAGAGGCAUUCGUGCUCCCUGUGGAUGUAGAAAAGGAAAAUGCCCACUUUCACAUCGCAGAUAUGAUUAUCUCAGUCAUGGAGAAUACGAAGUGUAGUAUUCUGAGUCAACAGCACACAGAGACCUGGAGUACAGGAGAGGCCGGCGGGUCGCUCGGGCAUGAGCCGGCAGACUUGGAAGGGAUGUUUUAUAGCCACAUAAAGCAGGAAUCCAGCUCUUGCACUUCGUCCGACAGUGGCUCUGAAGGUUGUGCUGUGUUACAGGUCAGCCCAGUGGUUGAAACACCUACUUACUGUGAUGUGAUGAAGGAUGACUGCAAAUGUGACUUGGAUGAAUUCGUUAUCGUAGAACUUGGAGAUUUCAGCAAUACCACAGAGACCUGUGGAUGUUCCUGCAGCUCCUCUAAGAGUGUCGUUUAUGAGCCAAACUUCAAUUCGGCUGAGCUAAUAGCCAAAGAGUUAUACCACCUCUUCAGGAAGUGCUGGAUGUCAGAAGUUAAUUAUCAGCUGGCAGGCUCCCUGAACGCAGCUGGCUCCAUAGUUGUAAAUGAAGAAUGUGUCCAGAAAGACUUUGAAUCCAGCACGGAUGUAGUACAGGAAAUUAAACUGAAGUCGAGGAUCAGAGGGACUGGAGACUGGGCGCCCCCUAGGUUUCAAAUCAUAUUUAAUGUUCAUCCACCACUCAAGAGGGAUCUCAUGGUAGCAGCCCAAAAUUUUUUCUGUGCUGGCUGUGGAACUCCGAUAGAACCUAAAUUCGUGAAGCGGCUCCGGUACUGCGAAUACCUGGGCAAGUAUUUCUGUGACUGCUGCCACUCGUACGCGGAGUCGUGCAUCCCGGCCCGCAUCCUCAGGCUGUGGGACUUCAGGAGGUACUACGUCAGCAAUUUCUCCAAACGGCUGCUGGAUAGCAUAUGGUACCAGCCCAUCUUCAACUUGCUGCACGUCGGCCACGGCCUGUAUACGAAGGCCAAGGAGCUGGACAGAGUGAGGGAAAUCCAGGAGCAGCUAUUUCACAUCAGGAAGCUGUUGAAGACCUGCAGGUUUGCUGAAAGCACAUUAAAGGAGUUUGAACAGGUUCCAGGACACUUGACUGAUAAGCUUAACCUGUUCUCCCUGGAGGACCUGGUCCGGGUCAAGAAAGGGCUGCUGGCGCCCUUGCUCAAGGACAUUCUGAAAGUUUCCCUCGCGCACGUGGCCAGCUGUGAGCUGUGUCAAGGAAAGGGUUUCAUUUGUGAAUUUUGCCGGAGUACAGCCGUCAUCUUCCCAUUUCAGACCGCAACGUGUAGAAGAUGUUCAGCGUGCAGGGCUUGCUUUCACAAGCAGUGCUUCCAGGCCUCCGAGUGCCCCCGGUGUGCGAGGAUCGCAGCGAGGAGAAGACUUUUGGAAAGUUUGCCCUCUGUGGUGACGUCAUGCCCUUGACUGUCGUGAGAAGGACUGUGAAACACUUGUUAUGAUCACGUCUCCUAUUGAUAAGAUUGUUUUAUUAUUUUUUUUUAUUUUUUAUUUUUUUUGCAUUACGCGGGCCUCUCACCGCUGUGGCCUCUCCCGUUGCGGAGCACAGGCUCCGGACGCGCAGGCGCAGCGGCCAUGGCUCACGGGACCAGCCGCUCCGCGGCAUGUGGGAUCUUCCCGGACCGGGGCACGAACCCGUGUCCCCUGCAUCGGCAAGCAGACUCUCAACCACUGCGCCACCAGGGAAGCCCAAGAUUGUUUUAUCAUUGACUAUUGUCUAUUAAGAAAAAAGAUGGCCAAUAUUCUCUUCAUUAUAUAUAUUUAAUAUUUUACAAGAAUGCAGAUCCUUUGUUAUUAAGCCUAGGGUUGUUACUGGUGAUUUUGUUUACAGAUGUUCAAUGUUUUUGCUGCUACUGUUUUUUAAGGUUUUUUUCUUUUGAUACUUCUUAAAUUGUAUUUGAAUAGUUGUAUUUAGCUAAUGGUGGAGCCUAUUUUUUAUGAAUUGUAACUGACAAGGCAAAUGACUCAGUUCCUCUUCCCGUGAAGCUUGUUUUGUGAAAGGGAUUGGUACUUCCAAGGAACAAAAAGGCAACCAAAAAUCUGUUUGCUCAGGCAUUUUUUUCCAACUUAAAUUCCAUUUUGUAAUUGUAUCAGUCUUACAGAUUUACUUAUUCCAGGGUUUGUACAGAGGGUACGUAUUACUUUUGCAGUUACAUCUGUGUCAAGAUCAGUUUAUGCUUAGCGGUGUACGCAGGUGCCGUUUGAAGUAGUUGCCUCUAGAUGGCGCUCUUUCAGGUGGCACAAAUCAAACCUGUAUUUGUCACCUCUGUUCCACAAAGUCAAGGGACGCAUGGGUGGGUAGAACUUUGAGGGUUUUGUCUCAUAGAUAUAAAAUUGACCAUAAGAUAUUUGAAGACUUAAAUACGCUGUGGGGAAAUGCUGUUAAUGAACACAAUGUGAUUAUAGUAAUAACUUUAGAAUCAUAGACAUUCCAUUAACAAGGUUAAGUGAAUCACUAAACCUUUAUAAAUUUCUUUUUCCUAAUAUUUCUUAUAUUCACAUGCUUUUCUUCCACCUCCUAUAUACUUUCUCCUGCUUGAGAAAGGGCCCUAGGGCUGGGUCCCUUCUCGGCACAUCUUUAGUCUGGAACGUGGUGUCAUGUCCCCAGGAUUCUCACGCCCUAAGUAAACCUACUCAGAAUGAACUUGUCAAACAGCACAGGCAAGCAAUAAAGUGGGACAGGUCGUUCCCUCACCUCAUCCAGUGGUGUGUGUGUGUGUGUGUGUGUGUGUGUGUGUGUGUGUGUAUGUAUGUGUGUUUCAUUCAGUGGGAUGAUAUUGAGUACUUGCAAGAAAUGAGUGUCUACUAUAAAUCUGGCGUCUUCUCAUCCUAUCAGUUGUUUUCCCGUCCCAGAUGCCUCUGCUGGAGCUGGACCCCCAUUCAUUAUUUAAGCUAGGUCUCUUUUAUUUUAUUUUUUUUUUAAUUAAAAAAAAUCUCAGUGUGUUUUAAUUAAUUAAUUAGGCUGUGCUGGGUCUUAGUUGCAGCACGCGGGAUCUUUGUUGCCACGUAUGGGGUCUUUAGUUGUGGCAUGCGGGCUCUUAGUUGUGGCAUGCAUGUGGGAUCUAGUUCCCCGACCAGGCAUCAAACCCGGCCCCCCCUGCAUUGGGAGCGGGGAGUCUUAACCACUGGGUAUCGGGGAAGUCCAAGCUAGGUCUCUUUUAAAUAGAAAUUCAGGCACAUAGGAUAAGAUAAAUUAGAUGAAAUUUAAGACACUGUUUCAUUUUUACCCAUAGCUUAUAUUCUGUCUUAGGAAUCUAGGAUCCGAGGGGCAUGUUGAUAUUCCUUAUAACAGUCCUACGAGGUUCAUGUCAAUAUCUCCAUUUUACAGGUAAGGCUUAGAGAAGAGAAGUAACUGAGGCUUAGAGAAGAGAAGUAACUUACCUAGGUUCCCACAAGUUAUGCAUGCUGCCUGCCUCCAAAAACCACGUUCCAACUCCCACUUCUUCCGUGGCAUCUUUCUUAGAUUAUACAAAAAAACCACUUUAACUUCUAAGUGCUGGUCAAACCUCAGCUGGUGGCAUUGGCUGAGUAUUUUCUCACAUUCUUCCCUUGCGUUGAUUUGAGGGAGGUGCUGUGGCUUAUGCAUUGUUUGAAGGGCUUUGUGUUCAGGCUACCAGGUCUGUAAGGCACUGGUGAGUGUGUGUGUGUGUGUGUGUGUGUGUGUGUGUGUGUGUGUGUGGAUGUGUGUAUGGGUGUGAGACACAUUUUUGAUGUUGAGGAAGAGUGCACAGGAGCUACCAGGAAGUGAUGCUUUUGGUUUUUUAUUUUGAGGAAGAAUGAGGCCAUUUAAAUCACCAGUCUACAGGUUUGACUGGGCUGUCGUUCCUCCCUGCCCUGGUAACAGAGGCUCCUUCCCAGUAAGGUACCUGUUGGAACAGAGAAGUGUCCUCAGCCCCCCCCCGGAGGGAAGUAAUUAGUUGUGACAUAUUUUGCUCUUUAAUGGGAUUUACUCCUUGCCUGGUUUUCCCAUGGCUGCUGGAACCUAGCGUUUCUCAUCAGGCCAUCGCCCACCGUGAGGCACUGAGGUUCAGUCCCAGGAUCUCAGGGAUCAAUCUUCUGCCUUUAUACUGUUUACUUGGAAAAUCCCAAUAACAUGUCUUUACAGUCGUGAUUCUCAGCUGCAAGUAGGGAGUUAUACCAGGGGACAUGGGGCAAGGAGGCUGAGCCAUCCCAAAGUCGUCCUGGUGUGAUGACUUGGGUAAGAAUCUUUGGCCAGAACUAUGGACCGAAUCCCAGAUCUGCCACUUCCUACCUGUGUGACUCUGACCACGCUACUUAAAUUAUCAGUACCUGAGCUUCUGUUUGAAAACUGGGGGAUAAUAAUGAGAUGUAGUGGAUAUGAGGAUUUGACAUGAAAAUGCAGCAUCCAGCAGAGGCAAGGAGCAUGGAGGCAGGAACGCAGCAAGAUGAAGGUCAGGAGGGGCCCUGGGAGGAGAGAUGCCUGGAGGUGCAGGCAGGAGCCUGAGAAAAUGCAGAGAGAAGCACAGGAUUUGCCUCAACUCUGGGGUUAAUCUCUCAGAUCCUUAGUCCUGUCGGCCAGGAGAGCUGGCCCUACGUGUGGGAGGAAGCGGAGAAGCGUGUUUUCUCAGUUUUAGGCUGAGGUUUUCCAGUUGUGUUUGCAGUCUGCCAUCUGUGACAUCACUCAUGAAAGCACUAUUUUAGUUUCUGGUGAAGUGAAAAAGAGAACUCUGAUUCCUCUUUCCAAACCAGUUGGGGGAUUAUUUAAAGACAGAGAUCCUUAUAAGGAAGCACCUUAUAAAGGAUGUUGACGAUGAGACACUGAGAUUCUCUCCCACGUCCCCCUUCGGAAAUGACCUUGAGAAGUCUUGUGACGGAGGCUUCGUGUAUGUGAUAUCUGGUUGGCGUGAAACCAGCUGAGCCGUGGCGGCAGGGACUGAGGUUCCCAACUCCUGGAUCACAUGUCUACACUGUUCCUUUCAGCGAGAAGAGGAAGGCGGCUGCAGGGAGGCCGCCAGGAUGCAUUAGGUCCAGUCUUGGCGUCCAGAGCCAUGAGCCCGCAAAGCAGCCUUCCGCCCACAGAGCCCUCCUGCCGCACCUAGGCAGAGGCAGAGAAGCUUCUGCUCGCUCAUUUGGGAAGUGUCCCCUUCUGCCACCGCCCUAUCCCCACUCUGUUGUUCUUGCCCUCGGUCCCAUUCACUUGAAACAAAUUUCAACAUUGAAAACAAAUUAACGAUGCUAUUCCAUAGGCCAUCUGUUGGGGGGAUGCUUUUGCCAGGCACAUAAAGGUACCUUUGGGAAAGGACUAGAGCCCAGACUCUAGUUACCAGGAUCUGAACUCCUUCCCCUGAACUCUUCUCAUUAUGGACCCCACAAGUGGCAGACAAGAGCACCGUGCCUUCCCACUGAAGGGGGAGGCCUCUGGGGACAGCUUCUCUAUUAAUAUUGAACAGAAGAUGGCUUAUUAGUAGCUGGUGGGCAAUCUUUAUUACAUCAAGUUAAUGGACAGUGGCUCCCGUGAACCAUGAGUCUAUAAAAAAAAAAAACCAGAAAGAAAGAUGUGUCUCCAGCUUGUAGCAUGUCCAUCAGUAUUGCUCUUCUCUUCCUGGGCACAUGGUCCUAGCCCCAUGCAUCUGGCUCAGCCCAUGUAGCAAAAGAGGGACCGGUGAAAUUCAAGUGGAGGUGAUGACCAUGACUUCCGGUCUGGCCUUGAAACAUCCUCUUUCCUUCCACUCUCUCGUUUCUCUCUGCCCCAAGACCCCUCUCUGAUGUUCAGCCUGAGAGGAGAGACCUAAUCUGGAGGUGUUUGUUUUUAUAAAUGUGGAUUGGUGGUAGCAGUAGGGGACCCAGGGUGUGGGUACCUGUAAGGGUGAACAGGCAGGUGUGUAGGGGGAGGAUGGCUAUGGACCCCGGCCUUCCCUUAGUUUAGUCCAGUUCCUUUAACGAGGUCCUCUGAUGCUCCAACUAGACCUCCGUGUCCUGAGGGCCUCAGCCUCACAUCAACACAAGCCAAACUCACCUACGUAUGACUGUCCCCUCAGCCUUGCCAGCUACACUAACUUAUGCUAACAGGUUAUUGUGUUCUCCCAGUUUUGUACCAACUUCAGAGCUGGGGGCAGGUAAGGACUUCAAACGAUAAAUCUUUUGCCCCCAGCUUUGUCUGUGUUAACAGCACCAGAGCCUGGGAUGUCUGGAAAAAGGGAGAAAAUGAAUAUUUACUGUGCAUCUGUUAUGUGGUAGAGACUGAGGUUUUCUAUCUUAAAAAUAAAUGGCCGGAGAAAUUCUCUCUGGGGCAAUGACGUUGAUUCUGAGCCUUAAAUAACAAAGAGCAGAAGGACAUGCAAAGAUCCGUGGCCUGAGCAUUCUUUGGCAGGAAAAAUGGCAAAGGCUGAAGACGCAAAGUGCCGAGAAGCCUGCUGUGUCCAAAAACCAGAAGAUCAAGGCUAGAGCAACCCAGGCAGCAAUCAGAGAGCAGGCAGGAGCUGGAUCACGUGAGGCUGCCGAGGCCGUGGGGGAGGAGUCUGGAUUUCGUUCUGUGUGAAGCAGAAGGCCAUUGGAGGAUUGCGUGAAGGGGAGUAGCAUGGUCUGCUCUACAUUUAAAAGUGAUCA